GCUUGGUGAGAGAACACGUUGGGUAUUGUGUGGGCCGAAAUACAGAAAAAUACUAAAGGGAUUUAAGAAAUUCAUGCACGAAGAUUCCACACAGAAACACGCCGAGGUUAUUGGGCUAAAAUCGGAGGUUUCGUCGGAACCGAAUGAGAAGUUGAGGUGAACAAUGACUCAGUUUCUUCCGCCGAACCUGCUGGCAUUGUUUGCCCCGCGGGACCCGAUACCUUUCCUGACUCAGCUCGAGAAACUUCCCCACGAGAAACACCACAACCAGCCCUACUGCGGAAUUGCCCCUUUUAUCCGGCAUUUUGAGGACCCCAGAGAUGCUCCGCCGCCAACAAGAGCAGAGACGCGGGAUGAGCGGUUGGAGAGGAAGAGAAGAGAGAAGAUGGAAAGGAGGCAAGUUGUGGUGGAAACAGAACUGAAGCUAUGGGACCCACAUAAUGAUACUAAUGCUCAAGGAGAUGCUUUUAAGACCUUGUUUGUUGCUCGAAUUAAUUAUGACACCACAGAGUCCAAACUACGGCGUGAGUUUGAAGUCUAUGGUCCUAUCAAACGGAUCUACAUUGUGUACAACAAGAAAACUGGAAAACCAAGAGGCUAUGCGUUCAUUGAAUAUGAACACGAGAGAGACAUGCACUCUGCCUACAAGCAUGCGGAUGGCAAAAAGAUUGAUGGACGUAGAGUACUUGUUGAUGUUGAAAGAGGAAGAACGGUCAAAGGAUGGCACCCCAGACGACUUGGUGGAGGUCUUGGGGGUACAAGGCGAGGAGGAGCAGAUGUCAACAUCAAGCACUCUGGCAGAGAUGACACCUCGCGUUAUGAUGACCGACCAAUUGGAAGUGACCGUGAUCGGGAUCGUGGCGAACGCAGGGAACGCAGUCGCGAACGUGACCGAGAGAAGGAGCGUGGGGAGCGUGGAGAGCGCCGCCGCUCUCGAUCCCGAGAGAGACGCAGACGCACCGGAUCUCGUGAGCGUGAGAGGGCUCUUGUGGUUCCGGGGGAGGAGACUGGGGGUGGCAGCCGACGUCGAGAAAGGGAAAGAGACAGAGGUGCCGCUGGAGACAGCCGAGAGAGGAGUAGAGACCGGGAUAGAGAAAGAGACCGCAAGAGGAGAAGCAGGAGCAGGGAUAGAAAGAGAGAUAGGGAAAGAGGCAAGGGUGCAGAAGGAGGAGAGGAAGGCAUGGGUGGGGUAGUUGACGGACUGAUUCCAGAAGGGGGAGAAAGGGGUAUGGAGGACCCCUUGGGUGGUGAACCAGGACGAGGUGAACCAGGACGAGGUGAGGAGGGAGGGCCUGAAGGAGAAGAGAGAGGGAGGGAUCGAGACAAAGACAGGGAAAGAGACCGCGAUAGGAAGCGCAGCCAUAGAGAUAAAGAUAGAGACAGGGAUCGGGAGAGAAGGCGAGAUAGGGAUAGAGAUCGUGAACACAAACGGGACCGGGGUGAUCGGGACCGUGGGGACCGGAGGGAAGAUAGACAUGUAUCCUCUUCAGGAGAUCAAGAGGGUUUGGGUAACGGAGGUGAUGGGGGUGAAGAGCCAGUGCCACCACAAUCAGAAGAAGGUUCACAGGAUGGGAUGAGGAUGAUGAUGAUGGAUCAGGAUUCCAUCCAGUCAGGAGAGGGCUAUGCCUCCAAUGAGAAUGGGUACAGGAUGGAGGGUCAGGGUGAUGAGUACUGAGAGUGCCACUGUUGUGUGAAUGAUCCAAGGUUAUCCAGUUGUAAUGUUGAUUUGAUUCACAAAUAUCCUCAACCGUUAUUUAAUGCCUACACCCUCCUUUGCUUGCACUAUGUCCACAGUGUGUGAGUAUUAUACUGUACUACCAACAGCUAUCACUGAGAGAGCUUAGUGUCUCCCUGGUAAGAAGCGUACUUUUGUUAAAUAAAAAGAUUAUGUAGCUGAA